GCGAUCCGGAUAAAGGCGAGCGCACAGAGCAGCAGCGGCGGUGGCCACCGAGGAAGAGCGAGCGCUUGCCUUCAGCACUUCGGACAGCGACCCCUCUGCCUGCGCUUCCUCCGCCUCGCCUUUCCUCGCUCUCCAGGCGAUCGCCAUGGCUGCGGAGUCCUACCUCCAAGGGACCGAGAUCUCAGCCGCUCAGUUUUUCGAGAUCUGGCGUCAUUACGACUCAGACGGCAAUGGGUACAUGGAUGGGAAGGAACUGCAGAAUUUUAUCCAGGAGUUGCAGCAAGCACGCAAGAAAGCAGGAUUGGAUCUAACUCCAGAAAUGAAAACAUUUGUGGGGCAGUUUUCAAAGAGUUCUGAUGGCAAAAUAGGAAUAGUAGAGCUUGCUCAGAUAUUACCAACAGAAGAGAACUUCCUCUUAUUCUUUAGGUGCCAGCAGCUGAAAUCAAGUGAAGACUUCAUGCAGACAUGGCGAAAAUAUGAUAGUGACCACAGUGGCUUUAUUGAUGCUGAAGAACUCAAGAGCUUUUUGAAAGACUUACUACAGAAAGCAAACAAGCAGAUUGAGGAUUCAAAGCUGUCAGAAUAUACAGACAUCAUGCUUAAGAUGUUUGAUGAAAACAACGAUGGAAAACUGGAACUAACUGAAAUGGCCAGAUUGCUCCCGGUACAGGAGAAUUUUCUCAUUAAAUUUCAGGGUGUCAAAAUGUGUGCAAAAGAGUUUAAUAAAGCAUUUGAUACAUUUGAUUCAGAUGGAAAUGGCUACAUAGAUGAAAAUGAAUUAGAUGCUUUACUGAAAGAUCUCUGUGAAAAGAACAAAACGGUAUUAGACAUGAACAACCUUGAAACAUACAAGAAGAACAUUAUGGCCUUGUCUGAUGCGGGAAAGCUUUACCGAACAGAACUUGCUCUUAUUCUUUGUGCUGGGGAAAACUAGAGCUCUUUGAUCACUUCCACUUAACUAGUGACGUAAUAUAUCUUUAAAAAAAAAUAACUGUGCACUAUAAGGGAGUAGGCUUUACUUUCUUUUAUACCUUGUAAAUUUAAAACUGCAUAUAGAUAAUUAGCCAGUAUACAUGGCACAUUCUUUUCAGCUUGUUUCUAUACUGUUUGUAAUGUACAGUUUUUGUAACUAUAAGAUUGAUAAAGAGAAUGUCUCUGUUUGGGCCAGUCUGUUGAUUCAUUUACAAACAAAAUUACACCCUAAUAUGCUCAUUGUUUCCAUAGCAUAUGUUUGGGGCUUGUUCUAUCCUUUGACACUUGCUGUUGCAGCAAUAAUGAUCUCUAUGAAUUAAAUGCUCCUUCUGACCACAAUGGAGAGAAUAAUAGGUCUGGAAUCAAUUACUUAUUUUUUUCUGAUUGUAACAGAGCUUGACAGAGAGCAAGUUGUUGUAAGGAUCAUUCACAGCAGUUUGCUUUUCUUUUGCAUAAGAAAAGGAUGGCCAAGCUAUGGCCUACACUCCAAACUGUAGUGCUGUCUGCUGGUCCAGUCAAUGAACUACAGGAAAAUCAACCCCAAAACAUAGAGAAGGUGCAUAGGUAUUAUUAGGAGCACUGGGGUGGCACAUAUUGAUUGUUACUCGACCUGCAACGUGCUUGUCAAAAAGCCUGGUUUUCCCAUAUUAAACUAUUUGAAACUCAUAAAUUUUCUAUAAAUAAAGUCUGUUACUUGUAAACCGUGCUAAGCACAGAGCUUGGGAAAGCUUCUUCUUUGGAUUCCCAGAAGCUGCCAACCAGCAUUUUGGGAGUUGGAGUCAAAAAGAUAACUUUCCUCAGCUCAUGCUAGAUGUAUGGUUUCAACUAAAGGGGAGAGGUAUAGGUUUCUGGCAUGCAAGCAUUGACAGCAGAGAAUUUAGCAGUGCUAUAGUUUAGCAGUGUUAAUUCCCACCAGAUUAUUAAUUUCACAGCUAUCCACUUUCCCUUAAUUCACACAGCAAAGUCAAAGGUCCCUCAGGAUACGGAGGCACCAAACUUUAUGAGAAAUCUUUAAGCUGCCUUGGUAGCCCAGCAGGCACAACUGUGUCUUUUACUGGAUAAACUGCAGUUGGUAAACAAAGGGUACAAUAAAAUAAAAACAGGCAUAAUUACUGAAACACAAAUGGACCUCAUACUGUACUUUACCUUUUGCUUUAAGGAAUGCUGCUGUGUCAGAGAAUAUGACAAUCCAUUUUCUAAAACUAUUUCCACACUUGGCAGAUUAUGACUCUCGCAAACUGCUGUUUUUACAUCAUUCUGUGUAAUCUAUAAUUAAAUUUAAUAUACGAAGACUUCUGGUGUCUAG